AGUACAAGUGCGCGGAGUGAGGUGUAGUGUUGCUGCUCUGCUGCUCCAUGAUUUUCAUACCCAGUGUUGCUUCAAUGAGCGAAAAUAUCUGUGACACAAUCAAUAAACAUUCGUAAAUUAUUCAGAAUAUGAAAACUGUUAUCAUUUCUGACAUGGAGUAAAUCGUAAAUCAACUUCCAUACAUAAAAGUUGAAGUUACCAAGGGAAAACCAUCUCGCAGUCAAUGAGUUGCGGUGAAUAGCAUCGGUUCUGGAAAUAUUUUGAGACAUUUAAUUUUGGUGGCCGGAUAUUACAGUCAUAGAAACCAUACGUGUUCAUCAAGGGAGGGAUCCUAUGAUUGACGAUACGAUCAGCCGCGCUGGCGGCACUGGUGCUGUUUCUUCCCAUUCUGCCAUCAAUCAGCUGGUCGACUGUGAAGCAGAUGCUGCCGCGCAGGAUGACCCGCCCCUUACCGGUACCUUUUCCCAGUGCGCUGGCCAGUGCGCUGCCGAUCCCGUGGAGCUGAAUGAUGAGCCUCGCCAGAAAGUCCUUAGCACUGAGGAUCAGUCUUGGCUGGAGACGAUUGAACGCUGUCCCUGGCUGAAGGAACAGGCGGAGCUGGUCUUGCCAGAACACAAUGACUGCCACGACAAUGUGUGUUCACGCGACCUUGACGAAAAACUUUUGCCCAAGCCUAUGGAACUGUCGCAUGAUGAGCUUGAAGAAAUCUUCGGUCUGACACCAUUGCAGUGUGAGGAACUCAAGACGCCCAUCUAGAAAAUGAAUUGAGAGAGAGAGAGAGAGAGAGAGAGAGAGAGAGAGAGAGAGAGAGAGAGAGAGAGAGAGAGAGAGAGAGAGAGAGAGAGAAAGGACUACCAUUAAAGUAAAAAGUGGCAAAUAGAGUUGGCAGAAAAUUAGAAUCAAGUGCCAUGGUCACUGAAAACAUCUACUUAACAAACUCGGUCAUGUAGUACAAAGCACUGCAUACUUCACUGUAGAAAUAACUUAUAAAGUCUUUAUAUCACAAAUGAGCUCAAAAGUAUGUCUACACUAGGCUAGUUCCUCCUAUGUGCAAUAGCUAGCGCGCCUGGCAAUGAAUACGCGGGUUGUUUAAAUCUGGGUGGGGUCAGUCGGUGCUUAUCUCAUCCACCUGUGCAUCCUUUCGGAUUGGUCGAUAAAUGGGUACCUGUGGGAACCUACACUGGCCAGGAAACGGAGAUAAGGCCCCAACUUUUCCUUUAUGUUAGGGUGGUAAGGAGCAGCUCUGACACGUACUAGUCUGCACAAAACUCCGGAGGACAGUGCGAGGCUGGGAGGGACAGAAUUAUUACCAACUGUGCAUACAUUACAGACUGACCGUUCUGUACAUAUAAAGUCGUGUCAAGGGAACAGAACACCUGGGAACGUAUUCUCGAAUGUUUUGCCGUUUCUUUAUUUUUUAUUAUUUUUUAUUUUUUAUUUUAUUUUUUUUCGCUGGCUGGAGUUCAGUUUAUUGAGGUUUUCAGUGGUGUGUUCAUUAUUCUAGUUCAACGUGGAUUCUGCAUCAUCAAUGAGAAAAAAAAAACAUUCAUGAUAACCCGAAACAUCAUCUGUACUAUGAAUUUUUAAAAACCAUAAUCUGUGGGCUUUGGAAAUAGUCAUAAUGACAAUCCAAAGCAUUCCAGAAUAAACCCCAGUCCAACUAUAAAUAAUUACCGGCCACCAGUUUUCACGGUGGUAGUUUCCUGCUCAAACACCAUUAAAUUCCAAAGGGUAUUAUUAUGUAGCUAAAUGUAAAGUUGAAUAACUACUACUUCUUUACAAGACAGGAGUGAAGUUAGUGCCGAAUGAAGAGACUUCUAAACGAAGAUUAGACAAAGUUAUGGGUGAGAGUGAAUAGGUAGUCAUGUUUCAUGCAGGGAGUACCAGGUGCCUUUUUGCAGCUUCCCUUAUUCUCUUGUAGUGUAUGAGCAAUCUAUUACCUUAUAUCUGUUUCCAUUACUAAACAAUAUAUCACAACUGCAUUUAUAUUAUCACUUGGUAUUUGAAAGUCUAUAAAAAUAUAUUUAAC